CAGGAAAAAAAAACAAAGCAAAAUUUUACAGCUUAGCUAUCAAACAAAACAUAUGUAGCUGCCUGUGGGGGCCAAAACAGAGACUGCUGUGCUCUCUUUGCAUGCUGCUGCAUUUCAUUUCGGCUCUGAUUUAUCAAAAAGGACGCAUGAAUAGGCGCCCUCAUCAGUGACUGUGGCCAGUCGAGGGGAGGAGGGCACACUAGGUGGUGCUGAGGCUUGGGGAAAAAGGGAUGGAGUAGUCAGGGGGAUGUUAUGCUGCUAAAUGAGACACGCAUCCACAUCCUUCUCCGCAUCCUUCUCUCUCCGCAUCCCCCCACCACCACCAACUCCAGCCACAGACCAAGAGCUACUUUUUAUAACCACAUGUUGCUGUGGCGAGUGACUGCAUCAGUGGGGUUGCAGCUGCUGCUCACGCACACACACACACACACACACAGACACACACACACACACACUAUCUCACUGUCUCUCUGUCUCCCUCUCUCAGUUGUUUUGUGAGAGUGGUUUAAUUCAGAGUUUCAACCACCUGUGACAGCUGCUGUUUCCUCUACGCCAUUCACACAGACUGUCACCAUCCAGAGACAGAGGUAGGAAGAAAAGACAGAGCGAAAGGACUGCUUUUCAUGCUGCUUCCUCAAAACCUUGCAAGUAUUAGAAGAGGUUUCCUCCAUCAUCACAACACCAAUGUGAGAGACGCCACCCAGCGCAGCUCUGUGUGUGUGAGAGAACACCUGCCAGUCUGCAACCAUGCCAGGCCUGAUCAACAAGGCCAAACGCAGCGCACUGCCACUCAGCGUCUCUGACAUCACUUCCUGUGUCCGGGGUUACACCCUGGCCAUGACAGCCUCCAUGACGUAUGAAAACAUUGAGGAUCACCCCAUAGAAGGUAUCUUCAUUUACCCGCUGGAGGAGGGCUCAGUGGUGGUGGGCUUUGAGGCAAUGAUAUCCAGUCAGAUAAUAACAGUGCAGAUCAAAGACAAGACAAAAAUCGACGAUUGCUACUUCGACUGCUACACAGCGACCAACGGAAAUCUACAGAGUGGCAAUGGUCAUGUGGUACUUGAUGAGGAUCUGGAGAGGAUGGUGUUGGUGGUAAACUUGGGGGUCAUUCCACCUCUGGAAACUGUGAAUGUGUUGGUCAGCACCUCCUAUGAGCUUUCCACCUUUCGAAAUGGGGGUAUCCGUGUCACCUCACCGCCUGUCUGCACUCCAAGGGUCCAGCGCUCCAUUAAAGAGGAGCAGGCCUUCUCUCCCAACACAAGCAGGAAGAGAGACAGACACCACUGCUCUCUAGGAUCACAUGAGCAGAUGGGCUCAAGCAACCAACUGUGUCUCUCCUGGCUACUGGAGGAGGAGUCUAUCAACUCCAUUGACUAUGAGUUCAACUUCCAGCUAGAGAUCAGAGGACCAUAUCUACUGGCAGGAGUAGAGAGCCCUUCUCACGCCAUCCGGGCAGAUGCUGACCCCUCCGCCCAUUCUGCUACCAGCAUUGUGGUCACCCUGGCAGACAAAUACACCUAUGACUGUCCUGUGGAAAUCAUCAUCUACCCCAGUGAGCCACACCUGCCUCAUGUGCUUAUCGAAGAUGGAGACAUGACGCUGGAAGAGUAUGAUGAACAUCUGAAGGGGAGGAGUGACUACAUCAAGGCCAUCAAGAAGGACUCUAGCAAUGAAAAGAAAGUGGAUAUCAUCCAUAAAAGGCUCCAUAAAGACAUUCUUCACAACCCUGUGGUUAUGCUUAACUUCUGCCCCGACCUACAAUCCAUGACCUCUGACCUGCGCAGGGUGCAGGGGGAGUUUAUCUUCCUUAUUGACCGCAGUGGGAGUAUGAGUGGUGUCAAUAUCAGCCGUGUUAAGGAUGCCAUGGUGGUGAUUCUGAAAAGCCUUUUCCCCGCCUGCCUGUUCAAUAUUAUCGGCUUUGGCUCGACGUUUAAACCGCUGUUUGCCACCAGUCAGAGUUAUGAUGAGGAAAGCUUAGGCACUGCGUGUGAAUAUAUAAAGAAGAUUCGGGCUGACAUGGGUGGCACCAACAUCCUGGCCCCGUUGAACUGGAUCCUGAGGCAGCCGGUGCAGCGCAGUCAUCCUCGCCUGCUCUUCUUCCUCACGGAUGGAGCCGUCAGUAACACGGGCAAGGUCAUCGAGCUGGUCCGCAGUCAUGCCCGAUUCAUCAGGUGCUACACAUUCGGUAUAGGUCAUGGAGCUUGCAGGCGGCUCAUCCAGGGCCUCGCGACUGUUUCCAGAGGUGCUGCUGAGUUCCUGGCAGAAGGAGAAAGACUGCAGCCUAAGAUGAUUAAAUGCCUGAAGAAGUCCAUGGCCCCCGUUCUGAGUGACAUCUCCAUUGAAUGGCUCUAUCCUGAGACUAAGGAGGUGCUGCUAUCUCCAGUGGGAACGACGUACCUGUUUCCUGGUGACCGGUUGAUUGGAUACAGCGUGGUGUGUGACACGACACGCUACCACUCCAACCCCAAGUCUGACAAGCGACGGCGCUAUAGCAUGAUGCGCUCCAAUGAGUCGGCCAGCUCUGUGUUCUACCACAGUCAGGAGGAAGAACCAGGGAAGAGCAGCUCGGAUGGGCAUGGUGCUGCCAGGGAUAUAUCAGGCACAGGAAUGUCUGAUGCAUACCAGAGCAUGUCUGAAAGCAGCCCUGGCAUGGUGGAACAGGAUGGCAUUGGGACUAACAUGAGCUCUUCUCCGAGAAGGCGUGCAUACAGCACCAAUCAGAUUGAAGAAUAUAAUCCUCUGAAGAAGGCCUACACAUCCAGUGACCCGAGCUCAGUGGUGGGGAAAAACCCUCUGAGGAGAGCCAAGGUCCAGGAGCUCAUCGGACAGACGAGUCCUGAUAAUGGGGUCCAGUGGAAGAUGAACUAUCAGCCUCAGCUGGCCACUCUGUGUGCCACUUCGUCCAAAGCGCAUGGACGCCCACUGCCUGACGAACCCCAUGGAGACACUGAACCAGAAGAAACCCAAGUGAACCCCAGUGCGCAGGCAGCCACCCGCGGCCAAAACAAGGAGAAUGGCUCCAAAUCCUCCAGUGACAGCCCUUCCCUGGGCAGCACAGGAGAAGAAGAUGGAUACACACAUCAACUCUGUGAAGCAGAAACGCCUCAAGACCCACAUGCUCCGGACUUCAAGCCCAUGAGCAAAGGUAAAGGAGACUGCAAGGCAGUCAUCUCGGGACUGCUGUGUGGGAAACCUGUGAAAUGGGAGGUGUGCUUCGAUAUCGAACCCUACCUGAAAGGGCGUGAGCGAGAGGAAAAGGUUCAUGAGGAUCUGUGGAAUGAAACCUUCCAUCAUCUGGCUGCAAGGUCGAUUAUUCAGGACUUUGAGCAGAUGGCUGACAAAGAGUGUGAGAUUGAGCAUGGUUCCGGGAGGCGCUAUCAGCUGUACGCCAUGCAGACUAGCAAAGCUUGCAACAUCCUGAGCAAAUACACAGCCUUCGUGCCCAUUGAUCUAGACAGCAAUGAAUAUUUACCUACUUCUAUUGAGUAUCUAUACACUGGGGAAGAACGGAAGGGUAGCUCACAUUCGAGCCAGCGUUCAGGAAGCAGGAAGAGCCGUGGUUAUUCGGUGGGUUUGGGCCACUCACAGUCCGGCUGCCUGGCUGAGGCUGAAGACCAAACAACACCAACUUUUGAAGACAAAGCCUCUCCUUGUAGCACUCCCUCAUCAGCUGGAUGGGAACGGUUCAGCUUCACAGAAGCCUCUCAGAGGAGUCCCACGGUGUCCUCCGACCAUUCGCAGAGAUCAGUGGAAAGCCUCUUCUCAGCCAGGUUGAGUCUCACCAGAACACGGCUCCUGACUAAAGCAGCCCGGGGCUUCAUGUGCCGCGCACAAAGCAAAGCUGAUUCAGUGGGAGAGAGUGAUAAUGACAACAAGGACUACAUCCCUCUGGUGUCUCUGCAGCUGUCCUGUGGUGCAUUUGUCCUUGACGCUGCCUUGUGUGAGGCCAUAAAUGUCCCCAUGGACAAACUGAAGUGGACGUCGCCGUUCACCAGCCACAGACUCAGCCUCCCCCACCUUUCCCACUCCAGCAGCAGGAGAACCGACAGUCUGGAGGUCCAGCACAGCUAUUCGCCUCCACCUAAAGACUCCGAUCUUUCUGAAUCUGAGGACAUGGUGCCUCGCAGCCCCCGAACCGAAAGCAGCUCAUCUGGUUUGGGUGAGGCGUCGCUCUCUCCCAGCUAUUCACAGUCCGACAGUGGACGGGGAUCCGAUUUGGGAACCACAGAGACACCAGUCUCGCCUGGAGGCAUGCAGAAGAUGGUGCAGGAGCCAGAGGGCAUGGUGUGGGCUACGGCUGUGGCCUUGGCGUGGCUCGAGAACAACUCAGCAAGCUACUUCAUUGAAUGGGAGCUGAUCGCGGCGAAAGCAAGCCUGUGGCUGGAUGCGCAGGUGGUGCCCGAGGGACGAGAGCUGGGGGCGGUGAAGGCGGCGGCCAAUCAGCUCUUCAUCAUCCUCAGACACUGGGAUGAGAACCUGCAGCUCAACAUGCUGUGCUACAACCCCAACAGCAUGUAGAUCUAUAAAGUACGUUAUUGGCUGGUGAUUUUGUUGGGAUUUUAUCCUGUACAGCAUCAUAUGUCUGGUUUUACUUGAUCCACACUCCAUGCAAGUUGUCAAACCGUUGGUCUGUCAGUUCACUAAAAACUGAACGGAAUUUAAAAUGACAUUAGUGAUGUGAUAAUUAUACGGUAUGCUGAGCUCUUACACCUUUUUAAUUCUUUUCCUUUCUUUUUGGAAACAAAGGCACCACAUUUUAAUUUGUUCAUCAUAUUAUCAAAAAUGCUGCAGUGCUGCAAUAGGUUCUAUGGAAGGCCUAAAAGAUUAGUUUCAUUAAAAGCUAUUUCUGGGCACAUUAAACUCUGGUGCACCGGAAGACCUAAAAACUGAUAAUUUGAUGGUAAAUUAUUCAUAACCAAGGUUAUAUGCAAACCAGUAUAUAGUUGUGACAGCUGAUGUGGAUUCUGUUGGCACAUCCACUCAGGGAUGUCCACGCUGACAUCGAAGCAUGCUAUCGUUUGUUAACAUUCCGUCUUUCAAGUUGCAGAAUCCAAGCAGGAUGUAACCGGAACGUGUUUGUGUUCGUCUCGGAGCAUAUAUAUAUACUGUAAAUGUAUUUUUAUUUGUUGGACUUGGUUUGACUUUUGGUGUGAUUGCUGCUUUCUGUAAUGAGUAAAGCAGAUCUCGUGUACUGCAAAUAGCUGUAAACACGGCUGUUUCUUCAAUGGUCAUCAUCUUACAAAGUUCCUACAGCAUUCUAUGGAAAUUCUUUUAAUUAAGGCACUGAAGGAUCAAACCUUUUAAUGAACGCUUGCUCUGUUGUAAAAGGCAGCAGUAUUAUAUUGUAUUUACCAUGCAGUGUUAUUUUAUUGUACUUGGAGACUUAAUAAGAUGUCAAACUAUUGCUGAGACAGCACUUCCUGUCGAGUGCUCUCCAGUCUUAAGUGCCUGACCCAGCCGAACUUCUCCGAUGAACUAUGAUACGUUUUUUUUUUCCUGUAAUGCCACGUGAAGUUUAUCUCUUGUGUGCUGUUUACUAGUGUAUUUAUGAAAUCUGUGAAUCUGUUGUUGCUGAAUUUCGCCAUCGUUUGAUUGCCUUAACGUGUGGCAAAUCGUAUGUGAAUUCCACGAAAUUUCUGCUGAGUGUUAUCCACAUGAUUGACUGUUUUUAUUUAUUUAUUUAUUUAUUUUUUAAAUUUUCCAUACAAGAUUGUUACUGUCACUCAGGUAUCGCUGCUGUGUAGCUUGAGUCCCUGUGGUGAGCAUGAGUCUGUUGAUGCAUGAGUUCGUCUGAGAGCCACCGCUGAUGUGUGACGUUUUGCUUGUGAAUGUGGCCGUUGACUCUUCGCGUGAAAAAACGUGAACUCUAUGUUUGAGGUCAAUCGUGUUUUUCCAAAGUGGUUAUCAAGCGCUUGUCAGCUCGCUGUAGUGCCUCUUGUGCAAUGACGGAGUGUGUAACUGCAUGUAAUAAAGUCU